CAGCAGAGUGCCAGCUGCUGCCUGCGUGCUAGGUCCAUUACGGUAAUUCUCAGCUAUCUAACAGUGGAGCAGAGGAUCUUAACGGAUGCAGAUAUAGAGAAGAAGGUGAGGACAAGGGAAGCACAGCUUGCUGCAAAUCCAGACUGUAGCAGCAGCCUCAUUUUUGCAACAACAGUCACAGGACCUGUCAUCCUCAUGUUGAGGAAGGGCUCAGAGCUGCUGAAGGGAGACAGGGAGGUUCUCCUGGAUCUGGACUAUGGGGGUGAACCAUCAACCACAGACAGCUACGGGAGUCUGCAGAACGGGAGCUUCAUCCCGUCAAGAUAUCUUUCAGCUGCAGCUGCUGACGAAGACAUAGAUGAUGAUGAUCCCAUUUAUAUUCACUGUGAUACAAGAAGUAACCAGCCAGUCCCACAGCUGGGGAAUUACUUUAGAGACGGAAAGACCAAAAUCGACUUUGUACUGGUGUGGGAAGUUCGCUCGCGGAGGAAACGGCGAGGGAAGGGGAAGAGAGAAGUGACCAGUGAGGAGGGGGAAGCUGUGCCCACUGAGGAGAACAGCAGGUCUGAACGAAGGAAGGCACAGCUGGCACAGUGGAGGGAGAAGUUUGUUCAGAAUCUGGAAAGUGCUGGAUUGCUUAUGGAAAAGGAAGAAACUGCGAAUGAGAAGAAAACAAUACAUUUUCUGAAACUUAGCGCUCCUUGGGAUGUGUUGGUGUAUUAUGCUGAGGAACUCUGUGUGAGAGCUCCAUUACAGGCACAGCCAAAUCUGGACUUGAACACAUCUGCUCGGCUGCUGAGUAGACUAUGCAUACCUAAUGUAAUGAUAGAAUCAGUGCCAAACAGGCCGUUGGACUAUUACACAUGUGCCUUUCGCAAGUCAAAAAUGAACAGGUUCCUUGGUUGUGACAACCAUGAAACCUACUUCACUAAUACACAAAGACACCGUAUUGUAUAUGAGAUUCUUGCCAGGACAGUGUAUGGCAAAAGGAAAAGGGCAGAGGUUGGUGUGGACAGACUGGUGAAUGAAGGGGUAUACGCAGCAGCUUUUCCCCUGCACGAGGGCCCAUUUAAGCUUCCGAGUUACGAGAUUCGCCCAGACGAGCUGAAUCAGAGGCAGAUCCUUUACCACUACUGGGCCCGCUGGUUCAAAUGGUACAAGUACCAACCACUGGACCACAUCAGGGACUACUUUGGAGAAAAGAUUGCCCUCUACUUUGCCUGGCUGGGUUUCUACACAGCCUGGCUACUACCAGCGGCUAUAGUUGGAACCCUGGUCUUUGUGUCUGGAGUCAUGUCCAUGAGUACCAACACACCAGCCAAGGAAAUCUGUAACAGCGGAGCGGGUUAUCUGAUGUGUCCUCUCUGUAAUACAUGCAAGGCCUGGAACAUGUCUGAAAUCUGCACCAUGGCCAAGUUGGGCUACUUAUUUGACCACCCAGGUACCGUCCUCUUCAGUGUUUUCAUGUCUUUCUGGGCUGUAACCUUCCUGGAGUACUGGAAGCGAAAGAUGGCCACCCUGGCCCAUCACUGGGACUGCAUGGACUUCCACGAAGAAGAGGAGCGUCCUCGUCCAGAGUUUGCCGCCAUGGCCCCGACAAUGGAGGAAAAUCCGGUGACUGGCGUCAAAGAGCCCUAUUUUCCAGAGAAGACCAGGUUGUCCCGCAUGUUCACUGGCUCCAUGGUCAUCAUUAUGAUGCUGUGUGUGGUGAUGAUUUUCCUGGUGACGGUGGUCAUGUGCCGCGGUAUCAUCAGCGUGAUGAUGUUCCAUACUGGGAGCCCUGUCCUGCGUACAGAGGCAGGGACAAUAGCCAACAUCUCCAGCAGUAUUGUGAAUCUGGGCCUUAUCCUGUUGAUGGGCCGGGUCUACACUGCAUUAGCUGAGCAGCUCACUAAAUGGGAGAUGCACAGAACACAAACUCAGUAUGACAAUGCCUUCAUCUUCAAGGUGUUCAUCUUCCAGUUUGUCAACUUCUACUCGUCCCCCUUCUAUGUGGCUUUCUUUAAAGGAAGGUUUGUGGGUUAUCCUUCCAACUAUGGGACCUUGUUUGGGAUGAGAAAUGAAGAUUGUGGUCCUGGGGGAUGUCUUAUUGAACUGGCUGAACAACUCUUCAUCAUCAUGGUGGGAAAGCAACUCAUCAACAACAUUCAGGAGUUCAUUAUCCCUAAAGUGAAGGCCUGGCGCCAGAAGAGAAGUUUGGCCAAGGUGCUUGGGGAUAAGUCAACCCAUGAGCCUCGGCGCUGGGAGGAAGACUACAAGCUUGUGGAGUGUGAAGGCCUGUUCGAAGAGUACCUGGAGAUGGUGCUACAGUUUGGGUUCAUCACCAUCUUCGUGGCAGCUUUCCCCCUUGCUCCGCUCUUCGCUCUCCUCAACAACUGGGUGGAAGUCCGUCUGGACGCCCACAAGUUUGUGUGCGAGUACCGCCGACCGGUGGCUGAGCGCGCCCAGAACAUCGGAGUCUGGUUCAACAUACUGGAAGCCCUGUCACACCUGUCCGUCAUCGCCAACGCUUUCCUAAUAGCUUUCACAUCCGAUUUUUUACCUCGACUGCUCUACCAGUACAAGUUCAAUAAUGAUCUCAGUGGAUACGUCAACUUCACCUUGGCCUACGCCCCACUUAACUACACUGAGUACCCUAUGUGCAGAUAUAAAGCAUACAGAGACAACAAUGGGAAUUAUACUCUGUUCUACUGGGAACUUCUUGCUGUCAGACUUGGUUUUAUCAUUGCUUUUGAGCAUGUGGUGUUCUUUGUGCUGCGAGCCAUCGACUGGAUCGUUCCUGAUGUCCCAGAAUCCCUGGAGCUGAAGAUCAAGAGGGAGCGUUACCUGGCCAAGCAGGCUCUGGCCGAAAACCAGGAGGCGCUGUUGGUGAGUCGAGGCCGAGGGGCUGCCCCUCCCACCCCAGGCACCUUCAGCUCAGCAAGCGACGCGUCCUUUGGAAACAUGAGUUAGGACUCCGCUGUGGAAAAUGAGAGGUUUGAGGGGAGAACAGGAGGGAUAAGAAGAAUGACACUCCUUCAUGAGUCAACAUUUUCCCUGAUUGGAAUACUGUCUUUGCAUUGGGAUUUUGUUUUAACUUUGCCAAUGUGCACACUGCUGCACAGACAUUAUGAUAAGCAGGUGUGUAAUGGAGGCUAAACUCAACCAAAACUCAGUUUACCCAGCGUUUCAUUUGGAGAACACAGUUCCUAAACAUUUCCAGGCUGACACUGAAAGUUUAUAUCCAUACUAGGCCUAUACAAUUAAUAUCUUCAUAUGUUUGAAAGUCUGCCUUUGAUCUGAAAAGGAACUGUGACUUUCUUAUCCAAACUGGAUACUGUCCCCACAGCUACUGGGCCCUAGCCUGAUCGGACCCUAAGGUUAUGGAACAAAAACCCUUGAAAAUGUGAUUAAUAUAGUUAAUGCUGAUGGGCUGUAAGCCUGCGUACAGUUUCUGCCUCUGUUACACAACCCAGCUCUGAAACCAGUAAGGAAAAAAAGCUUCUAAAGAACUGUAAAAUCAAACCUUCGAUUUCCUGUUUAUCCCAGUCUGAUGUUUCUCUGUUCUAUCAAGUGCAUAUAUUUAUUUUUAUAAAAAUGAUUGCUGUUCUCUUGGGUCCAGUUAAAAUUUUGCACAGACCUGCAGCAGUGCGCGUCAGGGCCAACCUGAGGGUGAGUAGAAAGUGUAGACCCAAGAUCCAAUGGUGUUAAAUUGAUGUUUUUAAUGACAUUAAAGUCCAACUUAAUCCCUCCUAAAAAUCCUUGAUGUAGUAAUGUAAAGUUGGACUCCAGGAACUGGGUGUGGUUGCAGGGGCAACAGAGUGUACUUCUGACCACACACAACCACACCCCUCGGUGAAGCUGGGUGUGGUCAGAGGCUUAAAGAACUUAAAACCAGAGAGGGCAGUGAAACACAGUUGUUAUGCCUGCUGUUACGUUACUCUUUAAAGGGGCACCCCAGUGAUUUUGUAUUGCCCUUUGGGGGGUGAGUGUAGCAAUGGCAAAGACAUGUCCUAGUCAGGGUCAAACUUCAAAAACACUUGAACCUACAUUUCCUAUUAUGCAAUGUCUUUCAUAGAGUAAAGUGGGAGGAGUUAUUUCGGAGAUUUCCAAAAGUCUGGUUGAUUUUCUGCAUAGAAACUUUCCGAUGACAUAUUCAGGGUUAUUUUCUCUGACUUGACAAAAUAUCUGCAGUGCAACAGACAGCACUAAACACCACAGGUUGUAUAGUACUCCCCAUAAUGAGUAAACUGAUCUUUACGAGUAAAAUCUGGUGGUGGUGAUGGCGCAAUGGAUAAGACCAUGCCUUUGGUGUCAGAGUCCCGCCUUCAAUCCCCCACCGUGACCCUUCCACCAAUGUGUCCCUGAGCAAGACACUUAACCCCUCGUUGCUCCAGAGGCGUGCGACCUCUGACACGUAUAGCAAUUGUAAGUCGCUUUGGAUAAAAGCGUCAGCUAAAUGAAUAAAUGUUAAUGUAAAUGUUAAAAUCUGUGGAGUACACUUGAAUUUGAGCUUACACUGGGAUUGUUUUCUUUAUGAUAACCUCUAACUUGACAUAGUGCACCCAGCUUUUAUCAAGAACCAACUUGUCUUUUUUUCCAGUAAAUUUAUAAAAGGCUUUGGUUGUAUGCUGUUAUUAUUGCAAUGGUUAUCUGUUUUAUUUUACACUAUGAUGAAGGACAUCUGCAAACAUCUACACCCUCGUCUGCAAUGUAUAUACACAUACACAUACUGUAUAUUGUACAGGUUUCUUCAGUGGAUGCUGAGCAUGUCCGUCUUUUCUACUUGAAUGCUCUGCAGAGUUUCAUAUGAAUGAUUUCUGAGAGUUGCUCCUGUACGAUACUGGAAAAAGGAGUGAAAUAGUACCUCGAUAUAAGACAUAUUUUGUGUGUGAGAUGUUUUGCAUUUAAGACUAUUUAGACCAAAAUAAAUCUAGUUU